AUGGCCGAAGAGGCGGAUCGCGACCAUGUCCAUAAGGAUGAUGCGGCAACGAUGGCUGCCAGUGAAGAGCUGAAGCAUACAACUAUCUCAGAUAAAGUCAACAUGACACCAGAGAAGGAGGCUCCGAUCCCAAGGCUCGAGCCACCUCGAGAAGAUAAGGAUGUGGAGGAGCAAACGAAGACGGGCGCAGCUGAGGGAGAUUCGACCGAGGCAAAACACGAGGAGAUGAAGGAGAGCAUAUCGUCGCCAAAGAAGAAACGAGGCCGCGAUUUUGAAGAUGAUAGCAAAGAUGUGGAGGGCAGCGGGGCCGAGGAUGGUUCCAACGGGGGUGCCCUUGGAUCUGAACCAGAGAAGAAGCGCCCCCGCGAUACUUCUGAGGAUUCACCAAAGAUAUCAACAAAGACCGAGACUUCAUCAACAUCAGAGAAACCUAUUUUUGGUAGCGGACUUAGCAGCAUACCACAGACAUCUUCCUCGGCCUUCGCAAGCUCGGGAUUCGGUGCCCUUGCAUCUUCAAGCGUCUCUCCGUUUGGCACUAUUGGAGCAUCAAAACCAAGCAUUUUUGGGGCAAAUGCUCAAACAUCUACAUCUGGAUUUGGCUCCCUGGCAGGCACGAAUCCCUUAGGAACUAGCACUACGAGUGUCCUGGGCGGCGGUUCAGGGAACAAGCCAGCUACGGGAUUUGGAUUCGGGAGUGGGGCUUCUACCUCUGGGUUUGGCACACUUGGAAGUGGCAGUGUAUUUGGCUCCGGUCUGAGCAAUGGCUUCGCAGGCGGUUCAGGUCCCAAACUUUCUAGCUUUGCUGCCCCUGGACAGGAUAUCGCCCCUAGCAAACCUGCAAAGGCUUUCGGUGCACCGGAAAGUGACGAAGAUGAUGGAAGUGAUGAAGAAGAUAGUCAAGACGGGGCAGACAAUGACGAGGAAGAGGGCUCUAAAGUCUCUCAAGAGGAUAAGAAGAAGUUAAAAUUAGCUAAAGUUCAUGUUGAGGACGGAGAAGCCGGUGAAGUAACUCUAUUACAACUGCGCGCAAAGCUAUUUGCAUUAGAUUCCAAAGAAGUAGGGUGGAAGGAACGAGGUGUUGGGACUUUGAAGAUUAAUGUUCCCAAGUCGUGUGCCAGCUUUGAUGAAAAUGGGGCUCCAAUACCAGGAUCCUUUGAUAUAUCUGGGCUUGAGGACGAGGAUGAAGAGAAGCCCAAUGCUCCUAGGGUUCCACGUCUUAUUAUGCGCCAAGAAAAUACUCACCGUGUCAUUCUCAACACCAUCAUUGUCCGUGCGAUGGAGUUCAAAGACAAGCCAUCUACCAAUGCAGCACAAAUCCUCUUCACAGCGUUUGAGGGCGAUAAGGAACCCAAGCCUAUCAACAUGCUUCUGAAGGCAACUACCGUGUCUAAUAAGAUAAACCGGAAGCGCAAAAGGAAAAGUAUUGAUGACCUAGGAUCUCCCCCAGUUGCAACAGAUUCCAACACCGUCCCGAACGACGAAGACUCCUCCCCAACUACCGCAACGAUCCCCACAAAGACGCACGAUGGCGACUCCAAACCUGGACGAGUCUCGAAACCAAAAUCCCACUCCACACUCUCCCGCAGCACCUCCACUUUCUCCAAUCCCGUCACCAGCGACAUCCCAUGGCCCGCCUCCAUCCAACAACUCGAAAAGACGCAUCGAGCACUAAACCUCGUCUUCACGUUCUGCAGUACUCGUAAACACCUUGCCACGACCUUUGAUACGAUAAAAAGCGCUGUGGAGGAACAUAUCAAACGCGAAUUGAAGGUCGAGGAUGUGGCAAAGAUAGUAGCGUUACGGCCUGGCGGGAUGCGGUUCCAAUAUGUGGACGAGGCAAUGUUGCAGGUUGAUGUGCGGGGCAGCGAGAGGGACGAUACGUUUAAGAGCGGGCGGGCGAAGAGCUGGCAUACUCCGAGUCCGGCGCCAGAUGUGUCGGUGGGUGGAAUUACUGGCGAUGAGGGGUUGGGCCAUCAGGGGGGAGCUACAGGGGAUGGGAAACAGGUACUGUUCUUUGAGUUCAUUGACGGGGACUUGAAGAGGGAGACGCAGAGUAAGAAGACGGGGGAGCCGACCAAGCCAACGAAGAAGCUAAGGGAUGAAGAUUUGAAGAUGCCGGUCUUCAGUCAGAAGCAGAUGAUGGGGUUAAUCGAGAAGAGAAAUUUAAAAUUUGGGAAUGCAAUCAAUGCAUUCUUGAAUCGGUGUUCUGCUGAGGGGAAGGCGCCAGAAGAGACUCUAGAGAUGGAGGCUGAGGCGUAUAUCCCUAAUCCUGCGUCGACGAGGAGUACUACUCCAAGACCGGACUUCAGUGUUUUACCCAAGAACAUCCCUAAGGAACGAAAGCCGAUGUCUGAGAUUAUUCAGGAGCUUAAAGAUAGUGAGUGGUAUACUGGGCAAAUUGUGCCCGAUGGCCAUCGGGUAUUUGAUCCCCAGGAACCCGUCUACGGGGACUUGAAUUUCCGGCUUAGCCAGAACUUAGUCAACGCCCUGUAUAACACGAAGAACAUCACCCAAUUUUAUGCUCAUCAGGCCGAAGCAAUAAAUAAUCUCCAUGACGGUCAUCAUGUGAUUGUCGCCACUUCUACGAGCUCGGGCAAGUCUCUCAUUUAUCAAAUUCCAGUCCUUCACGAGCUUGAGCGAGAUCACAAUACAAGAGCGAUGUAUAUAUUUCCUACCAAGGCUCUCGCCCAGGAUCAAAGGCGAAGUUUGAAAGAGAUGAUGAGUUUUAUGACCGGACUCGAGGAUACAAUUGUUGAGACAUUCGACGGAGAUACCCCGAUGGCGGAUAGAAACCUGAUCCGUGAUCAAGGCAGAAUCAUCUUCACAAAUCCGGACAUGCUUCACAUCACUAUUCUUCCACAGGAAGAGAAAUGGAGAACCUUCCUGCAGAACCUGAAAUAUGUAGUCGUCGAUGAAAUCCACGUCUAUAAUGGGCUUUUUGGAUCACAUGUGGCUCUCAUAAUGCGGCGACUGAGAAGGAUAUGUGCAGCAGUGGGAAACCGCCAUAUUAAGUUUAUUUCUUGCUCCGCUACAGUGGCCAAUCCCGAAGAGCAUUUCAAGACUAUUUUUGGAAUCGAGAAUGUUCGGAUGACGGAUUUUGAUGGUUCUCCAUCUGGGAGAAAGGAGUUUCUUUGCUGGAAUACUCCUUUCAAGGAUCCUGGGGAUCCGGCCAGUGGACGUGGCGACGCAAUGGCUGAAGCGGCUAGACUAUUUUGCCAAUUAAUAUUGAGGGGUGUGCGAGUUAUAGCAUUUUGCAGAAUUCGGAAGGGAUGUGAGGCGCUCAUUGCGGCUGUAAAGCAAGAACUCACUACUCUGGAACGACCAGAAGUCAUAGCUCGAGUCAUGGGCUAUCGAGGUGGAUACACACCACAAGAUAGAAGACGAAUUGAGAGUGAAAUGUUUGAGGGAAAACUGAUGGGCAUCGUCGCAACAACAGCUCUUGAACUGGGUGUUGAUAUUGGUUCCCUAGAUGCCGUUAUCACAGUCGGAUUUCCAUACACCAUCGCGAAUCUGCGCCAGCAAAGCGGACGUGCUGGUCGCAGGAACAAGGACUCGUUAUCUGUUCUUCUUGGAGAUCACUUCCCAACAGAUCAGUACUACAUGAGCAAUCCGGACGAAAUUUUCAUGAAGCCCAAUUGUGAGCUGCAAGUUGAUCUGCAGAAUAUGCUGGUAUUGGAGGGACAUAUCCAGUGCGCUGCGUACGAAAUGCCCAUCCGCCCUGAUGAAGAUAUCAUUUAUUUUGGUAACAGCCUGAAGGAAAUAGCAGAGGGGAGAUUGGUCAAGGAUGAGCUUGGCUUCUAUCAUUGCAAUGAACGCUUCCGACCCAUGCCCUCUAAGUUCGUAUCCAUUCGCGACACUGAGGAGGAGCAUUUUGCAAUCAUAGAUAUCAGUCAUGGCAAGAAUAUAGUUCUAGAGGAACUCGAAGCGUCCCGAGCGUUCUUCACCCUCUACGAUGGCGGCAUCUUUCUGCACCAAGGAAACAGUUAUUUGGUCAAGGAUUUCAAUCCGGACCGCAAAAUUGCGAAAGUUGAACGAGUCCAUGUGGAGUGGACGACUCUACAACGCGACUAUACCGAUGUUGACCCCAUCGAAACUGAAGCCAUCCGACGAAUCCCUGGCUCCCUCUGUAGAGCUUUCUAUGGUCCAAUAAAGAUCCAGCAAGUUGUUUUCGGCUUCUUCAAAGUCGACAAGAAACGCCGAAUCCUCGACGCCGUGCAAGUUGAUAAUCCGCCCAUCAUCAUACUCAGCAAGGGCAUGUGGCUCGAUAUCCCUCAACGCGCCCUUGAAAUCCUCCAAGAAAGACGUCUGAACGUCGCAGGCGCCAUUCAUGCUGCGGAACACGCAGUCAUAAGCCUGAUGCCCAACUUUGUAAUCAGCAUGCCUGGAGAUGUACGCACCGAGUGCAAAUCUGGCCUCAAGGAAUUUGCCCAGAGGGAAACAUCCCGUAAGCGCCCGGCACGGCUCACAUUCUACGACGCUAAAGGUGGCAAGGGAGGCUCGGGGAUUACAACUAAGGCUUUCGAAUUCAUCGAUUUGCUCCUGAAGCAAGCUCUGAGGCGGGUAGAAGCAUGCCAUUGUCAUCAAGGUUGUGUGGAAUGCGUCGUGAGCGAGUUUUGUAAAGAGGCGAAUGAGGUUAUGAGCAAAGCAGGUAGCGAAGUCAUCCUGAAGAGUUUGCUUGGUAUGGAGAUCGAUAUCGAUGCCUUGCCCAUGGGCCCUGAGGAACUUAGUCCAGCGGGAAUUGAGACGGUGGUUCCGGCAAAGGAAGUUUUACCUAGGGUGGGCUCGCGGGUAGAGGAAGUGGUGGUAGAGAGACAGAGUGGCAUUAAGGAUGAGCCGGCGGAUUGA